AUGGCGCGAUUGCGGGUAAGGGUGACUGGCAGAAGGCAGUCGCAGACUCAAACGGAGACUGCAUGUUACCCGCGUUCGCGCCAUGACGCGAACACGGGGGACGCCGCGGCGUCCUCCCACAUACCAGCUGUCAACCUAGCCCUCAAAUUCAUCCGCAAGCUCCAGCCGAAUCCCUGGCUCGCGCACGAGAGGCAUGAUGCAGAGACCAUCUCACGGUUGAAACGUCCGUUGAUGGAGACCCCUGAUAUCAGUACAGACAAACAGCUAUCAAUCAAGCUGCUCCUCGCAGACACAGAUGGAUCCGAAAAGAUCUACAAUGGCGUACGCGAUGCGAUCCUCGAACGCUUCCCAGAUUGCGACAUCCUCUCUCACCACCUCGGUCAAACAGAAGGUUUCCGAGCUCUCGGGGUUGUUGCGAUCAUUGAGGACAAUCAUGCCCUUCCUGCAGCGAGCCGCGUUACGAUGCUGCGCUUCUCGCUUCGGCUGAAUUGGGCACGUUUCCGACCCCCUGACGGUGCAGACAACAUGGCAUAUCGCAGGAGUGUCAUAGACGGCAUCUUUGCGGAGCUGCGCGAGACAGGAAACUGGACGUCGUCGAGGAUAUUCCUGACGGGUCAAAUUUCUGGGAUUCAUGCCUAG